AUCCAAAAAAAUAUACCUGAGAGUUUGUAGUCGUUUGAAAAUUCAUUAAAAUUUUUAUAUUUUUUAUCUUAUCGGAUGUUCUAAAUUUUGCGUGGAAAAAAUUAAAAUUCAAUUGUUUAUUAAAAAUGAGAUUUUUAGCUCAACUUCGACACGCAUACAAGCUCACAAAUAUAACAUAUCCCUACAAAAAUUCCCUAGCCUUGGGUUUUCGUGAAAAUAAAAGGACUCACGACCGUUAUUUUACAUCGCAGGCCACAGGUGAAGAAGUUGAUGGUGAUGAGCGUUUUCAGGAAGCCUUUGCCAUAAUGUCUCUUCUAAGGGAUAAUAGUCGACUUGUUGAAGAACUAUUAAGCGAAAAUAUAAACUGUCCUAAAACUAAAAAUGGCAAACAAUAUUUAAAAAAUCUAACUUAUAUCCAAGAUGAGAUCAGCAGUGGGGUCACAAAUAAAACCCAAGGCAAUGAAACUCCUUAUUCUGAAAACAAUCUAGAUUUGGACAUGGAAAUGACGAAUUUGAAGAAAACCUUGUUUAACCCCAAAAGUUUAAAACAUGCAAUUGUUUCAAGUGAAGCAGAUUUUUCCUUACCUUACAAUUCUAUAACUAUGCCAUUGCACUUGAGUACUCUAAUAAAUCCAACUAAUCUCAAAGUUCCAGAAUUCAAUGAAUACUUGACGUCUUUGGCAUCGAAUCUUUGUAGUGCAUCAUUAGAAAAUGGAUUUUCAAAUGGAAGCAGCUUUAAAAAAUAUUACUGCACACAAAAUACUGCUGAUACAAGUUCGAUCCAGAAGAUGUCACUGAGUGGCAAGAAUAAAAAUACAUUCAAAAAAGGAGCUGCUUCAUCUAACGAGAUAGUUAAGGAUUUGCUAAAGAAUUAUGACGAAUUCCAAAAUGGGGUAAAGACAUUCGCUACGAGUUCAACAGUGAAAGGAAAUUCUGGAAAAACAAAUAAACGAGGAAACUCUCCUGUGACAAAAGGCUAUUCAAAUAGUCUUGGUCUGCUUGAUCCACAACUUUAUAAAAAGUCCUUAAAAGAAGCUGAAAUGAAACGGAAGGAACUUGCCAAAGCUUCCGCUUCCUGCAAGGAAAAGUUAACUCAAAGAUCUUGUCAACCAAAAAAAAAAACUACACAAAUACCGUCUUUGAAACAUGAUUCCAAGAAAGAAGAGCCUAAAUUUAAUUCAUGUGGAAAUCUAGAUUCAAAAUGUGACAGUCAAAAGAGUCAAUCUAAAGCAUUAGUUUCCAAUACGAAAUGUAAGGAAAACACUAAAAAUACUGAACAAAAAGAUCCUUGCGAAGCGCUUCCAAAAAUGACUUCCAAACGUGAAUCAAUGUCAAAACGUAGUUCUACAUUGAAAUCAAAUUGUGACAUCAAGACAGUCAAGGGCGGAACAGAAGAAAAUUCGCCGAAGAAAAAAACUCAAGCCAAAAAUUGUUCGAAGUCUGAAAUUGAAUUGAAGACUGAGAAAAAUGAAAAAUUAGCAGAAACAAACAAAAACAAAGGAACGAAAUGCCAGAAAUCUUUAAAAUGCAGCUCAACUUCUGAGUCCAAAGUUGAAGAUUCGCGUAAAAUUCCCACAACUAAGAAACUGAAGUCAUGUGGAUCACCCUCUGGAACAGAUGACCCAUGUAAGGUACCUUCUAUAACUUUCAAAGGGAUUUCGGAAAAACCAACUGAAGCUUCAAAAUGUUCUUCAUCACCACCAAUUAAGCCUAAAUGUGAAGCCAGCAAAGAUGAAAAGCCAUCACCUUGUGCGUCAAGCACCUCGGCUUUAAAAUGUCCACCUAAAUUUGAAAAUGAUUCUUGUAAAAUGCAACGUGAACCCACAACUCCAAAAUGUAACACGCAAAAUUCGUGCGUAUCAAAACAAAAUAAACCUACUGAUGAAGACAAUUCUGAUAAACCUUGUAAGAGAGUUGGUAUGUCUGCGAAGAAAACAUGUGACUCUGAACCAAAAGAUCCAUGUAAAAUGCCUUCUGACACAAAGGAAAAACCUAAAUGUGGACAAGGGCCCAAAAGUGAUACUCGCCCUAAGUGUAAAAAAGACUCGAAAUGUGGAUCAAAUAAGCCUAAAGAAAAACCUGAGUCAAAAUGUGGAUCAAAUAAGCCUAAAGAAAAUCCUGAUUCAAAAUGUGGAUCAAAGAAGCCUAAAGAAAAACCUGAGUCAAAAUGUGGAAAGCCUUCACCACGUGAAGCUCAGGAACAACAAAAGUCAAAAUGUGGAUCAAAAAAGCCUAAGGAACAACCUGAGUCAAAAUGUGGAUCAGAGAAGCCUAAAGAAAAACCUGAGUCAAAAUGUGGAAAGCCUUCACCACGUGAACCUCAGGAACAACAUGAGUCAAAAUGUGGAUCUAAGAAGCCUAAGGAACAACCUGAGUCAAAAUGUGGAUCAGAGAAGCCUAAAGAAAAACCUGAGUCAAAAUGUGGAAAGCCUUCACCACGUGAACCUCAGGAACAACAUGAGUCAAAAUGUGGAUCAAAGAAGCCUAAGGAACAACCUGAGUCAAAAUGUGGAACUAAACUAGAUCCAAAACCCUCAAAAUGUGGGUCGAAAGCUUGUGAGGCAUCUUCGAAAACUUCAAGUGCUGAAACCAACUCCAAAUCAACAUGCACUUCAAAAUUAAAAAAAACAGCUCCAUCGUCAAAACCACAAAAAAGAAAACUUCACAGUCUUUCAAAUUUUUCGGUGGCAAAUUUAAUUUUCAGCAGAAAUCACUCGAAUCAAUGCCCUAAGAAACCGGAAGGUGGCUACCAGCUUGAGUCCCAGCAAUCUGACGCGUCCCGCCGGGAGAUUUGUAAGAACUUUUCUUCGAGAGACACAAAAUCCAGGAAAAAACGAACGAGUACUGUUAAAGAUUGCUACCCAGACGAAACUAUGGAAUUCUGUCCUGACACAGCUUGCUACAAGAUCUAUGCAGAGAAGUCUAGAACACUCGAUCAGAAGAGUUCCAAAAGGAAGCGCAGAGCAAAUAAAAUCGAAACGUAUAAAGCACUUUGUACAAAUGGAGCAUCUUUUGGCCAUCAGAAGCACCAUCUUUCAUCAAAUGCAAUAAAAAACGAAGAAGCCUUGAUUCAAAAACCUCACAGCGUCUGUACUCAGAAGCUCAUUUUACCAGAAGUCUAUGAUAAUGAGGCCUUGAUCUGCGUGGACUCUGUUGCUUUAUCCGAUACCGAUAUAUAUAUGUUCGAAACAGGUGGAAAACACACACCAGGGCUUACACUUGGCAACGAAGCAACUGGAAUUGUUUCCGAGGUCGGAAGAAGCAUAUGUAAUCUCAAGCCAGGUGAUCACGUUGUUCUUGAGUCCGGAAUUCCCUGUUUCGAAUGUGAUCUCUGCAAAUUAGGGCGUUAUAAUCUUUGCAGUAACAUCAACUUCCAGGGAUUCCUUAAGAAUCAAUGCAUCCAUCCUGCAUCGUUCUGUCAUAAAAUUUGUCCACGAAUUCCUCUCGAGCAUGCGGCUUUAAUUCCUCAACUGGCCUUAGGUUGUAAUGCCAGUUACCAAGCUUUUAUAAAACCAAAAUCCAACGUUGCCAUUAUCGGCUCUUGUGCAAAAACUGUGUGUACAGCCAUGUGCGCGAUUUCGAUGGGUGCAGAGAAUGUGUGUGUGGUUUGCGGAAUGCCUCAGUCUCAAAUCCUUAUAGAACAAUUUGUCACUAAAAAAGUUGCUUGUUACGAUCACACUACAUCGGAGAAAGGAAUUGUUAGAGCGAUUUUGGCUUCUUUGGGUACAUUUCCAGAUAUUGUGAUCAAUUGUUCUGCAAGUACAAAAACCAUGAAUGCGUCUAUAAUGGCCUUAAAGUCAGCUGGAGUGUGUAUUAUAGCUGGAUUCGUAUCCGAAUGUGUUUCUUACAAUAUUAUGGAUGCUUUUAUGAAGGAAAUCAGAAUAAUUCCAAGUUUUAGGUCAAAAAAUAUGUUUCCCAGUGCUAUACAUCUUUUGGAAUCAGGUCGUGCACCUCUUGAUUGUUUAAUUGCUAAUAGAGAUAUUUGCAAAUGGAACGAAUUGGAAGGGGCUUUUAAGUUGGCCUUGUCCGAGGGAAACAAUGGACCCCGAAAAUCUUUAGUUAAAUGUCAGUUAAAUGAAUAAGGGAAUACAUGUUCAUAAACUUAAAUCAUUGAUUAAUUAUAUUACAAAGUGCUUAAGA